CAGCCGCGGACCCAGCAGCAGCAGCAGCAGCAGCAGCAGCAGCGCCGCGGUUCGAGGAGCUGGACGGCGAGGAAGCAGAUGAGCAGCUGACAGCAGCAGAACUGAAAGAAAGGGGAAAUUGUGAAUUCAAAAGAGGCCAAGUGUCUGCUGCGCUGCAGUUGUAUGCAGCAGCAAUUAACAAACUUGAAAAAGAAACUGAAGAAGUCGAGGCCCAGCUAGACGCCCUCGAAAUCCGCGCGGAGCAGCUGCAGCAGCAGCAGCAGCAGCAGCAGUGCGAGGGGGAGCAGGGGCGGCAGGAGGCGGGGGAAGAAAAGGGCGAGAAAGAACAGCAGCAGCAAGAGGAACAGCAGCAGCAGCAGCAGCAGCAGCAAGGGGAGCAGCAGCAGGAGCAAGACCCGCGGGAGCACCCUGCUGCUCAUUUGCUGCCAGAGAAAGAUUUGCUGCAGUACCGGCAGCUGCUGCAGCAGGUGCAGCAGCUGGACGAGAUGCAUGCAGUUCUCAAGAGCAACAGGGCUUUGUGCCAUCUGCACUACGGGGCGUUUGACUUGGCCGUCGCGGACAGCACAGACGCCAUCCGCGCAAACCCUAACUACGCAAAGGGUUACUUGCGGCGCUUCCGGGGCUAUGAGGGGAAGAAGAAGUGGCAUGAAGCCCUCAGCGAUUUAAACAAGGCCAUCGAGCUGGACCCCAAACUAGCGGAGAGCUACGCGUCGGAGCUGCGUCGCGUGAAGCGGGAGAGCGAGCAGCAGUUCGAAAAAGAAAAAGAAGAAAUGAUUUCAAAAUUAAAAGAUUUGGGAAACUUCGUUUUGGGAAAAGUUGGAUUAUCUCUCGACAACUUCAAAGUUGAACAAAACCCUCAGACCGGCAGCUACAACAUCCAGUUCCAGCAAAACCCUAAACCCUAA